UCUUCACCCUCUAAUCCAGUUCCGCGUUGCAGAGCAUUUAAAUCCUGAAGCAUUUCCGGCAACUUCCACUCUCUCAGGCUGCAGGAGAGCAUCUGCCACAAUGACUGACCAAGCAGUCUUCGACACCAACGUAGUGACCAUGACCCGGUUCGUUAUGGAGGAGGGCAGGAAGGCGAAAGGCACCGGGGAGCUCACAACGCUGCUCAACUCGCUGUGCACGGCUGUGAAGGCUAUCUCCAGCGCUGUGCGAAAAGCUGGGAUCGCCCACCUUUAUGGCAUUGCUGGCGGCACCAAUGUGACUGGUGACCAGGUGAAGAAGCUGGACAUUCUGUCCAACGAUCUGAUCAUCAACAUGAUCAAGUCGUCCUUCACCUCCUGUGUGCUGGUGUCUGAGGAGAACGAGAAAGCUAUUAUUAUAGAGCCAGAAACGAGGGGCAAAUACAUUGUUUGCUUCGAUCCAUUGGACGGCUCCUCCAACAUCGACUGUCUCGUCUCCAUCGGGACCAUCUUUGGCAUCUACAAAAAGACCACAGAUGAUGAGCCCUGUGAGAAGGACGCCCUGCAGCCUGGCAGGACCCUUGUGGCGGCAGGCUACGCCCUCUACGGCAGCGCCACCAUGAUGGUGAUCUCCACCGGCCAGGGAGUCAACUGCUUCAUGCUCGACCCAGCAAUUGGUGAAUUUAUCCUGGUUGAUCGAGACGUGAAGAUCAAGAAGCGAGGCAAGAUUUACAGCUUGAACGAAGGUUACGCGAAGUACUUUGACCCCGCUGUCACAGAGUACCUGCAGAAGAAGAAGUUCCCUCAGGAUGGCAGUGAGCCCUACGUCGCCCGUUACAUUGGCUCCAUGGUGGCAGAUGUCCACCGAACGCUGGUGUAUGGAGGCAUCUUUUUAUACCCAGGAAAUGUGAAGAGCCCCCAAGGAAAGCUGCGACUGCUGUACGAAGGUAACCCCAUGGCCUUCAUCAUGGAGCAGGCAGGCGGCAUGGCCUCCAACGGCUUCGAGCCCAUUUUGGACAUGCAGCCCGAUAGCAUCCACCAGCGGGCUCCCGUGGCUAUGGGCUCCUCCGAGGACGUCCUGGAGUACGUCGCCAUCUGCCAGAAACAUGGCAAGAAGAAGUGAGACCGCACAGACUCCCUCUCACAACCUUCCCUGUGCAGCAAAAACCUUGUAACUGCAAACUGGAAGUCUGCCUCCUUUUUAAACUCGAUGCAAAUGCAUUUUUAUGACAUUUUGUGGAGUUUGAAAUGGUUUCUUAUAACAGAGAAUGUCAGGGGAUUUCCUCAGUUAAAACACAAAUGUGUAGUUAUAAGGUUUUUAAUGCCAAACCAGCAAUGUUCAUGUUCUGCUGACGGAUAAUAGAUGGAAGGUGGUUCAAUGCAAAGCAUGAAAACUGUACCAUGAGCUCAAUUACACAAAAACUCAUUCCACAAAAAACUACCAAAGACCAAAUGUGCCAAACAGUCAAAUGCACUUAAAUAAAAGCAGAAGCCUUCCUCCUGUUUACCUCCAGUUGUGCCUUUUUGAAUAAGAACGAACAUGUGUCAUGUGAAGGACCAAAUAUAAACCUCUGCAAACAAACCAUGAUGCCUUUUUAUUAUGUGAACAACUUCUGUUUGGAAUGAAGUCUCUCAAUAAAUACAAAUCAGUGUUUUGAAAUAUGUGUCGCAUCUUCUCACGAACAUGCAGUUUGUAUAUUCAUU